UUGAAUGAUCAAGUUUCGUAAAUUUAACCAACAGAUCUCUUCUUCCCAAUCCCCGGAAGUCAAGGCGACGGCGAAAUGGCCGAGUUUGGGCUUAAGAUACUAAAUGGAACCGAGCUAAGGAGCGGCGAUCUCCGCCUUCCAAUCGCCGGGGGUUCCGUCAAUGGCGAGAGAGUUCUUGCAAUGGCCGAAGCUGAGGCUGCCGUCCGCCUCUUCGGCUUGUCUUUACCGGAUUCCAUGAAAUCGGCUGUUCUCCGGCGAUUGGGAAGCGGAGCUGAUGAUUUCCUGUCUGUCGAGUUCAACGAGGCUGAUCUUCAGAAGAGGAAGAUUCAAGAAUACCUAAUCGCCCUCGCUGAUGAACUGGAAGAUGACCCACUUGUUGUUUCGAUCUUGGAUGGGAGUGCCCUUCGAGUCUUUUUGGAUGAUGAGGAUGAUUUUGCUAUGGUGGCUGAGAAUCUUUUUACCGAACUAGAUACAAACGAUACUGGAAAGCUCAGUAAAAGUAAACUACAGGAUGCACUUGACCAUAUGGGAAUUGAAAUGGGCGUUCCUCCAUUUUCUGCCUCUGGUGAUAUUCUGAGCAAUAUUUUGAAAAGGCAUGGAGCUGAAGGGGAGGAGCAGCUGGGUCAGGCACAGUUUGCACAGCUACUACAGCCUAUUCUGCAAGAUCUUGUGGAUGCUUUGGCUGAAAAACAUGUAGUUGUCAUUCAGAAUAUCAAAGUCAUUAACGGUUCAAGGUUAAAAAAGAUUUUAAAUGAUAAGAAUCUUCUGGAUGAUAUAACUGAGAGGCUUUUCCAUGCAUGGCAAGACAGCAGUAAUGGAGCAUGGAACAAGGAAAUACUGGCAAACCUUCUUCAGGAAAAACAUUCAGAGUUAGGCCUCCCUCCAUACAAUUCAAAUGAAGAAAUAAGUUUUCUUUAUGAUCAAAUUUUCUCAAAUAUUUCUGAAGAAAAAGUCACUGCAUGUUGGAAUAAGGAAUCAUUUCAAGAUGAAAUAAAGGCUAUCUUUAAGAUGCUCACAGAUGUACUUGAAGCUAACCCAGUUUUCAUUGACAGGGAAAGCUGAGGGCUGCUUCAGUGCUGGGUCGUCUGCAGGUGGAGUUUGCCCGAAGACAAUUUCACAGCUCUGGUCUUCAAAGUCUGAGUUUGAGGUGAAACAUGCAAAGUCAAAUUAAGUCUUUUUUAUCUGCUGAUUUAUAAUUACUCAUCAUUUAUAUUGUUUUAACAUCCAAAUCACAUCAUUUCUUUCUGUUGAGGUUAUAUGUAUAAGGCGUUCACUUUAUUUUGUGCAAUUCUUGGUUUUGUAUGGCCAAAUAAUUUUUCCCUAGCUAGCAUCUUCUAAA